AUGACAACACCUCUUGAAGUGGCAAAGGACCUUUUCUGCGGCUGCAUGAGCGGAUGGGGGCAAGUGAUCAGCAUGUUGCCCUUCGAAAACAUCAAGAUCAAGGUUAUUUCCAAGCCGGAAGAGUACAAUCAGGGCUACAUCCAUGCCUUCAGAAAAACCAUCCAGGAAGAAGGACUCUUGUCUCUCUAUAAGGGCAUGCUCUUCCCUCUUCUUGGAGUCGGCGCGCAACGCACUCAUCGUCGUAAGAUUUCCUCUACGAAGACCCCUCUCGACCACGCCCGCUUCAAAGUCACCCUCAACAAAGAAAAAGGAGUCGGAUCAAUCAAGAUGGCGACCACCAUUUUGCAGGAGCAUGGCCUACGCAAGCUCUACCUAGGCUUCCUUCCAACAGUCAUCAGGGAGUCCGUCGGUCUCGGAUUCUAUUUCGGCGUUUAUGACUUAGUCAUAAAGGAAUUCACCCACAAGGGACAAGUCAAUCUUGCAGGAUCACUCCUAGCCGGAGCUUGCGCAGGUAUCGGUUUUUGGGCUUUCAUCUAUCCCGUCGAUUACAUCAAGACCCUGCUCCAGGGCGAUUCGCUGACUAAGCCGGUCUACCGUGGGUCGCUUCACUGCGCAGCUGAGGAGAUGAAGAAGGGAUAUCAAGUGUUCUUCAGAGGUUUCGGAAUCAUGAUGGCGAGGGCGUGUGUGGUUAACGCAUUCGGUUUCCUCUGCUUCGAAGUCGGCAAAAAGAUAGUUUAUUGA